AGAACUUUGACCCUUUGGAGGCAGGACAGUUCUUCGGGUUGGGGGAAGGUCUAGCCCCCAGCUCUGGUUCAGGGCAGCCCAGUCUACUCUGAACUGCCUGACCUGCCUGGAUUAGCAAGAGAAAGACCUGUCCGAGCAGGGGCUUGGACUACAUCUCCCGGCGUGCCUGGCAGAAUGGUGGCCUCUGUGCGCCGUCUGCACCAGUGGCGAGUGAUGAUGCAGCGGGCAAUGGGCAUGAUGGCCCCUUUGGGCUUUCGCCUGCAGGCAGUCCCCUCGGCCCCUCGGCGCACUCUCAGUUGCGCGCAGGACGUGCUUCGCAGGACUCCGCUCUAUGACUUCCACCUGGCCCAUGGUGGGAAAAUGGUGGCAUUUGCGGGUUGGAGUCUGCCUGUACAGUACCGGGAAAGUCACGUUGACUCGCACCUUCAUACACGCCGGCACUGCUCGCUCUUUGAUGUCUCGCAUAUGCUGCAGACCAAGAUACUUGGUUGUGACCGGGUGAAGCUGAUGGAGAGUUUAGUGGUUGGAGACAUUGCGGAGCUAAGGCCAAAUCAGGGGACACUGUCACUGUUUACCAAUGAGGCUGGAGGCAUCUUAGAUGACUUGAUUGUGACCAAUACUUCUGAAGGGCAUCUGUAUGUGGUAUCCAAUGCUGGCUGCUGGGACAAGGACUUGGCCCUCAUGCAGGACAAGGUCAGGGAACUUAAGAACAGGGGCAGUGAUGUGGGCCUGGAGAUUGUGGAUAAUGCUCUGCUAGCCCUGCAAGGCCCCACUGCAGCCCAGGUUCUUCAGGCUGGUGUGGCAGAUGACCUGAGAAAACUACCCUUCAUGACCAGUGCUGUGAUGGAGGUGUUUGGUGUGUCUGGCUGUCGUGUGACUCGCUGUGGCUACACAGGAGAAGACGGUGUAGAGAUCUCAGUGCCAGCCCCUGGGGCAGUCCAUCUGGCAAUGGCUCUGCUGAAAAACCCAGAGGUGAAGCUAGCAGGGCUGGCUGCCCGGGACAGCCUGCGCCUGGAAGCAGGCCUCUGCCUGUAUGGGAGUGACAUUGAUGAACAUACCACACCUGUUGAGGGCAGCCUUGGUUGGACAUUGGGAAAGCGCCGCCGAGUUGCUAUGGAUUUCCCAGGAGCUAAGGUUAUUGUUCCCCAGCUGAAGGGUGAGGUACAGCGGAGGCGUGUGGGAUUGAUAUGUGAGGGGGCUCCAAUGCGGGCAUAUAAUCCCAUCCUGAGCACAGAAGGCACCAAGAUUGGUAUUGUGACCAGUGGCUGCCCCUCACCCUGCCUGAAGAAGAAUGUGGCAAUGGGUUAUGUGCCCUUCAAGUACAGUCAGCCAGGAACACAGCUGCUGGUAGAGGUGCGGCGGAAGCAGCAGAUGGCUGUGGUCAGCAAAAUGCCCUUUGUACCCACAAACUACUACACUCUCAAGUGAGAAUGAUCCAGGGAAGGGCCCUCCCCUCUGGGAGUCUAGCCCUAGGGGGCACUCUAUAGGGCUUAGGAUAAUAAGGAAGAACUCACCAGGAGUGGGCAGGUAGGAAUUUGGCUCUAGUCUGGUUGAGGCCACAGAGUCUACCCCUCAACCCCAACACAUGCCACUGACUUAAGGAUCCCUUUUCUAAGUGACAAACCAGCUGACCCAGUGUCCUAUUUCAGGUCAUGACCCCACUGACUCUACUCUGCUAAGUGCUGGCUGUAAAGCAAAGGCUCACCUUUGUGGGGAGAACACCUGCCAAUCUACCUCACCAGUUUCUCACAUUUCAGAGGGUUAUUACUAUGGGCAAUGUGGGCUUAAGCCACCUCCUCCACUUUGCUUUCCAUGAAUACAAACUGUUGCCUCUCCCUGUACAGGAGUGAUUCCUGAGUCAUAGAACAUAGGUUCAGUUUUUUCCUAUGUGUAAACCUGGGGAUGGUUGAGCAGACAUGGACUCACUCUUCCACAUUCCCCAGUUGACUUGGCCUGCUGCCCAGUUGCAAACCAUGGCAAAUUUACCACCUGAGCUGACCUUCACCCCUGAGGCCUGUAACUAGACUUUACUGACUCCUGAAAAAAAUUAAAUGAGUUUCUUUCCUUUUAACUUGC